UAAUCAAAUCCAAUCUGCUAACGGGAGAAACGCCUGUCACCGCGCUUUUCUGCAAAUUCAAAUCAAAUUCUUUACUUGCAAAAACAAAAACAAAAAAACCCCAUUUUAUUAAUCACCGGUUACCGCCCCAUUCCUCUCAACAUGAACCCUAAUUUCACCCAUCAUUUUCCCCUCUUUACAUCUUCAAAAAGAUAUUAAAUUUGUGUUUUACAGUAACAAAUCUACCUGGGUUUCUGAAAUCUUUACAUUUUUUUAUGGAUCCAAGUGUUGCAGACGGAUCUGCAUCCAAGAAAAGAUUUGCUGAAGAAAGUGAUGAGUUUGAAGAAUUUGGAGCAAAAAGAGCAAAAAUUAGAGAUCUUGAAUCGGUUUUUCGUUCAGAAGGGAAAAUAAAGCAUAACAUAGCUUCAGCAAUUGAUCUCAAUGGUCCAUCAUGUGCUGAUGACACAACUUUAUCGCAAUCGAAGAUGAAUUGUGUAAAGUCGAGAGGUUUAGCGUUUGAUCUAAACAUCGAAGAUGAUCAAGAUCAAGUGAAACCGCGUGAUUCAUUGUCGGAAUGUGGGAGUACUUGUCAUUUAGGGGGCGAGCGAGACUCGAUGAGGGUUUGGAACGAAAUGAAGCGAAACGGGUUUUUAUCGUCUUCUCAUGGAGGUGUACCCGUCCCACAAGCUCCAAAACCGCGAGGGAGAAAAAAGGGAAAAGAAUUGGUAAUUAAGAAAAAAAUAGAAAUUGCGAAGAAAGAACAAGUGGACAGAUUCGCAAAAGUUGCUGCUCCAAGUGGGCUUUUGAAUGAGUUGAAUCCCGGGAUUAUAAACCAUGUAAGAAACCGAAAACAGGUUCAUUCGAUAAUUGAAAAUCUUGUGAGAUCCGCAAGAAGUGAUAGCAAACGUGGUGAAGGUGAAGAAGUUCGUGAUGAUUUAGCAAUGAAGGAUCGAGAAGUUGUUGCUAAAACGAGUCAUUAUGCUUCGUUUAAUAAGUUAGAAUGUGAAGAUGAUACACUUGCAUUGAAACAUUCGUCGUCAGGAACUUUGACAUCGAAUGUGAGCUCUUUGUCCAAUGAAGAGUCGGGCAACGUCUCCACUGUCAAUUCGCUUUCCGUUAGAGCAGCUGCAAGUGUUGCUUCUCAAUGGUUAGAACUUCUUCAACAGGACAUCAAAGGCCGUCUUGCAGCGUUAAGGCGAAGUAGAAAAAGAGUUCAAGCUGCAAUCCAAAGAGAAUUACCGCUAUUGGUAUCAAGAGAAUUGGUUUUUAAUCAAGAAAACACAGGAAAUGCUGACUUGCAUAGAGCUAGAUGGGGUCCUCUUUUUGAUCAGAUGGAUAAUGCACUUUCAGAAGAAGAAAAGCAUUUGGAGAGCUCGUUGAACCAAGUGAAUGAAAUGCUAAUGCAUUGUAAUAACGGUCUUCUACAAUUUCAUCCGGAACACAGUUUGCAAAAGCAAACCAUUGACUACAGAAAUUUGAAAGCAGAACCGAGCGCAUACAAAGAUUUAGCUGUACAAGCUGCAGCAGCAGCCAUCUACUCAACAUCUAACUUUUUGCGAUCGAUGGAAAAUCUACCAUGUUUCUGAUGAUUUCUUGACGUCCGGUAGUGAUAUGUAACGGUGUUUGUCAAGUUAUAGUUUGCAUUUUGGUGCAUACUAGGAGCCAUUGUGAUAUUAAUUUCUAGUUUAGUUUCUUUAUGACAUUUAGAUGCUGAAUUCGAGUGUGUUUGUAGCAGUUUUAUGUUUUUUGUAGAGCAAAAAGAGUUAAUUUUUGCUAACUUGUUCAUGAAAGCUAAUGAGAGUUUGCAAUACUAUGAACACAUUGUUGUUUUCAUUUUAGGAAUAAAGGAUUUUAAUAAUCCCAA